AUGACGUGGGAUUGUGAGGGUAAAUAUAGAGCAGUCAGGCACUCACUGGUGUCUUUCUGGUUCCAGGUGGAGCAGAUCUUGUCCGAGUUCAGGCUGAAGGAGGAAGACCUGAAGAAGGUGAUGUACCGCAUGCAGAAAGAGAUGGACCGGGGUCUCAAGCUGGAGACGCACAAGGAAGCCUCUGUGAAAAUGCUGCCCACUUAUGUACGCUCCACACCCGAGGGCUCAGAGGUUGGGGACUUCCUCUCCUUGGACCUUGGGGGCACCAACUUCCGGGUGAUGCUGGUGAAGGUGGGAGAGGGUGAGGAAGGGCAGUGGAAGGUGAAGACCAAGCACCAGAUGUACUCCAUCCCAGAGGAUGCCAUGACCGGGACAGCGGAAAUGCUGUUUGACUACAUCUCUGAAUGCAUCUCUGACUUCUUGGAUAAGCAUCAGAUGAAGCACAAGAAGCUGCCACUGGGUUUCACGUUCUCCUUCCCUGUCCGGCAUGAGGAUAUUGACAAGGGAAUCCUCCUGAAUUGGACCAAGGGCUUCAAGGCUUCAGGAGCUGAAGGGAACAAUGUUGUGGGGCUCCUGCGAGAUGCCAUCAAGAGACGAGGGGACUUCGAGAUGGAUGUCGUUGCCAUGGUCAAUGACACAGUUGCCACUAUGAUCUCCUGUUACUAUGAAGAUCACCGCUGUGAGGUUGGCAUGAUAGUGGGGACAGGCUGCAAUGCCUGCUACAUGGAAGAGAUGCACAACGUGGAGCUGGUGGAGGGCAACGAGGGCCGGAUGUGCGUGAACACUGAGUGGGGUGCCUUUGGGGCCUCGGGGGAGCUGGACGAGUUCCUCCUGGAGUACGACCGUGUGGUGGACGAGACUUCACUUAACCCCGGUCAGCAGCUCUAUGAGAAGAUCAUUGGCGGGAAGUACAUGGGGGAGAUUGUGCGGCUGGUGUUGCUCAAGCUGGUCAAUGAGAACCUGCUCUUCAACGGAGAGGCCUCGGAGAAGCUGAAGACCAGGGGUGCCUUUGAGAGCCGCUUUGUCUCACAGAUUGAGAGUGACUGCGGGGACCGCAAGCAGAUCUACAACAUCCUGACGGCGUUUGAGCUGCUGCCCACAGUCACAGACUGUGACAUCGUGCGCAUGGCAUGUGAAAGUGUCUCCACACGAGCCGCCCAGAUGUGCUCAGCCGGGCUGGCUGGUGUCAUUAACCGCAUGCGUGAGAGCCGAAGCCAGGACACACUCAAGAUUACGGUGGGGAUUGAUGGCUCUGUCUACAAGCUCCACCCCAGCUUCAAGGACCGGUUUCACGCGGCUGUCCGGCAGCUCACGCCUGGCUGUGACAUCACUUUCAUCCAGUCGGAGGAGGGCAGUGGCCGGGGGGCCGCCCUCAUUUCAGCUGCAGCGUGCAAAAUGGCUUGCAUGAUUGGCCAUUGAGGGGGUGAGCGGGGAUUGACCUAAGGACUACGGCAGCAGAGGCCACGCCUGGGACAUGGCUCCCUCUUGAGUUCUUUAGAGCACUCCCCAGAGCCGAGAGACAAUGAGGGAGAGGUACCCAGUGGGAAGGGGGAGAAGCCUUUUCCAGCCCAGCAUAUCCACCCGCCUCCAGCCUGCUCUGCACCAUGCGCUCACCACGCCAGGUUCAGCCUCUCCCCUCGCUGCCCCUAUUCCCUCCUUUGCUGCUUCCGAGCCAGGCUCACGCCAUAACCGUGGAGAUCUCCUCCUGCUGUUGGUUUGUGGGGCACAGCAGGGGCAGGGCUUCACCCAACCACCCUCUUCUGAUUGGCUCAGUGCACGAAAAGGAUCCAUCAGACAUGGCCAAUCAGCAUGAGUGGCGGUCAUAGAUCUAGCUUCUCUCAGCCAAUCAGGGCCCUGGGCCUCUGUUUCUAUUGGGUUUGAAUGACCACCUCUCUUGAGUUGGCUGGAGGCAGGAUGAGGCCAGGCAGGGAAUGGUCCCCUGUGCCUCCGAACCUGAGGCAGGAAGCAUGGCUCCUCCCUAACCCCUUGCCCUCACAGGGCCCUCUCGCCCAGCUGUGGCCUGACCCCCCAGGAAGGGACCAUGCCUGCUUACAGAGGUACCCUUAGGAGCCCCCUCCUUGACCUACUGGCCUUUUGUGCCCACAGCUGCCCCCUUCCCAUCCUCAGGUAUGCCCAGGAAUCUAGCUCUGGCUCUUCCCUUCCUCUGCAUGCACCAGUGUGCAGAGCCCUUGGCUGGCACAGGGUGUGGGGGGGCUGGCACUGCCCACGACAGCUGGAAGAAGACACAGGGCCUUGAUUCUGAUGCAUGCCUGGGAGGGAUUGUGUGACGGCAGGGAGAUCCCAGCCCCCUGAGGGUGGCAGGCAGGGCCCAUGCCCCACAGUAGAAUCCCAGGGCUUUGGCAAGGAAGGAUGUAGGAUAGCAUUACCCCCGGCUGUCUGUUCUCUCCCUGGGCUUCCCGUCUGGCCUGGCUCUGGGUGAGCCUGCUUCUAUCAGGAGCAAGAAUAUAGCAGGCAUCCUGGCUCCCUCCAAGUUAGCCCUUAGUUGCUCCCAGGGGGAGCUGGCAGGGCUGUGUCUGUUAGGGUCCUCCACCCCAGGUAAAGCCAGCCGUCCAAGGCCUGUCCUCUGCUCAGCGUUAGACACACACAGACAUCCCUUCCAUGCUCCCUGCUGCAGGAAGGGGUUUUCCAGGCUAAUACCUCCAAGCCACAGGUCCAGUGUUGCUGCUGUUACAAAGCCACAUGCAAAUAUGUCCUCUGCCAUUCUCUGUCUAUGCGUGGCAUGCCAACAUGCCCAGAAUCCAGGUCCACGCAGUACCUCCAACACGCAUUGCAAACAGCUCGUCUGAGAUCCUCCCUGGCGUGCAUGCAUCCCCUGCACCACGCCACUCAGCUCAGGGGCACACACUCACACACACAUACAUACCCAGACAUACCCGUGUGCCACUCUCAUCUGUGCAUGUCCACACCCACACUCUGCCCGUGACACUUCAGCUGGACACACAGGGCUUCCAAUUCAUUGUAAGUACGAAUAAAAUGGGCCUCAGGCUCAGCUGCUUGCUAGGCACAACAUUAUGCCCACCGGCGCGUGAUUAGAUUUAGUUUUGCCAUGGAACUCAUGCCUCGGCCACCCACAGCAUGGCAUCCUGCUGGCAUCUGAUGUGUUCCCUGGGACAGGGAGGGUCAGCGGAUGCUACUAUGGACCUCAAAGAGGUGUGAUAGCCAUUCCUGGCCCUGACGUUGACUCCACAUGAGAUUUCAGGUCAGCUCCUUCGUCUUCUGCUCUCUGCACAUCCCUGCUAGCAAGCAAAGUUUCUGUCUCCCUUGGCCUGAAGGGCCUGAAGGAUGCUCAGGCUCUUAGGAUGGACUUGGAGCCUGGGUCUCAUGGUUAGCAGGAGGGCAGGGGCAUUCCAGCUGACAGGGGCAGCUGAUUUAAAGGGAAGCUGAGGUGACCUGGGGUGCUUAGCCCUAGGGUCCCACUGUCUUGCUAAGAAGUGACCCCCUCCCUGCCAAGCAAAUAGUUUGGGAAUCUCAAGGGAAUUCUGCUUCACAGUGGAGGAGACUGCAGUGUUGCCGCCUGUGCCCUUGUGACAAUGCAGCACCCCAGCUUUACCUAGCUGAGUCUUCUUGAGAAGGCCACGGGAUGCAGGGAGCUGCUGGCAGCAGUGGCAUUGCGGGGUGUGAGGCACCCAUCCAUGGUCCAGGCUGAGCCCUGCAGGGUGUCCUGCUGCUGCUGGGGGCUUGUCCCCAGGGCACAGCUGCUAACAGUCUCGGGGCACAGGAGAUGGCUCUCCCUGCAUAAUAAGAGGUGCCUGAGCAGGCUUCCCACUGAGAGAGUCCAGCUUGCAGGAAGGAUGAGGCUCUCCAGGUCUCUGAAGAAGGCAGGUGGAGAGGGGACGGGGCGGGAUGCCACGGCAUGUGCUGACAUGAUAUA